GGCGAAGCGGCUGGUCUGCGUCCUGGUGGUGGCGGCGGCCAAGUCCUGCGCCAGGUACAGCCCACCGCCUAUGCGGAGGAUAUCGCCAGCAUGGGUGACCUAUACUGAUCGCGAGAGCUAG